GCAGUUGAUUGAGCUACAGAAUAGAGUCAGUCUUAUAAAAAGCUACGGAGCUGUGGGGAAACUGUAUCAGAACCAUCUGAGCAGUCAACCAGCAGCCAACGCAACGCAAGCAAACCAAAAUUCAACAAUCAUGAAGUGCAUCGCAGCUGUAGUCAUGAUGGCCGUUGCCGUUGCCGUCCAGGGAACGUCCGUCACCUACUGGGGCAAUGGAGCAGCGCUGCAGCAUUUGGCGCCGGUUUCGGUCGGUAGCUGGGUACAGGAUAAUUCUUACGCCAGAAUUGUAACUCCGUGGAACUACGCUUACCAGGCCCCGGUCGCUACCGUUGCCGCUGCUCCAGUUGCCUACGCCGCACCGUACACUUACCAGCCGGCCGUGGCAGUCGUCGCCCAGAAGGAGGCCCGCUAUCUGGCCGCCAACCGUGGUGCCGUGCAUGAGGCCCCCCUCCCCGGACAUGUCGUCAACCAGCAGUCGCUGAACCUGGAACCCGCACCCGGAACUCUGUAAAAAUGUUUUAUAAAAAGGCAACCGGUUAACCGUUGAAUGCUGCAAAUAAAAGCUCGUUGUGAUAUUGUAA